UUACGCUUGGCUUUGUCGACGGUUUUUCCCCAUCAACUUUAACAGUAAUAAUAAGUAUAGAGAAACUGGACCAUUACCUACCAGUUUAAAAUCAAUCAUGAACUUUCAUAUAUUGUUUAUUUUAGUCAUCACAUGUUUGCAAGUGUCAUCCAAUCAAAGAAACAUAAUAUGUUAUUAUUUACAUGGAUAUGGAGUGAACAUAGCCCCUCCGGAAUCACUUAAUACUACGUUGUGUACACAUAUUAAUUACGCAUUUGUGAAAUUGGAUGUAAACGGUACUCUAAUACACCAAAGAUCAUCCGUCGAUGUGAAACAUCAACUAUACGCUAGGACGUUAUCUUUGAAAAAAACUAAUAGUGACCUAAAAGUUUUAAUAAGUAUUGGAGAUACGAAUGCAUCGACGUUUUCUACAGUAUCUGCGGAUCCUAAAACACGACAGCGAUUCGUGAAUAGUUCUGUGAAUUUUCUAAAAGCACAUAACUUCGAUGGAAUAGAUGUCGAUUGGGAAUUGCCGUAUUCAAAAGACGCAGACAAUUUUGUAUUGUUAUUGAAAGAAUUAAAAGAAGCAUUUAACGACAAAAAUUGGUUAUUAACCGUAGCCGUUUACCCCAACCCUUCUGUCGGUUAUAAAGUUACAGAAAUAAUGAAGUACGUAGAUAUGAUCAACUUAAUGUGUUACAAUUAUUACGGCCCUUGGAGUGCUUAUACAGGGCAUAAUGCUGCACUUUUUAGUUCUCCAAUUGAAAGCGCCUAUGAAAAGAUUCAUCUAAAUACUGCUGCAUCUCUACAAAAUUGGAUGGAAGCCGGUGCUACAAAAAGUAAAAUCAACGUCGGAAUUCCGUUUUAUGGUCGAACGUUUACGUUAGUUAACGCCGAUGAUCAUUCAUUUCAUUCGCCCAUCAUCGGCGGAGGUCGACCCUUAACACCUUCCUACAAACAGAUAUGUAAAAACUUUAAUAAUUAUAGUCAAGUUUGGGACGAUGAACAACAAAUUUCUUAUAAAUAUUAUAAGGACCAAUGGUUAAGUUACGACGAGGAACGAUCAGUUGCAGCCAAGGCUAAAUUUAUUAAAUCACAGGGUGUUGCUGGAGCCAUGAUAUGGCAGAUAGGUCAAGAUGAUAUAAAUGGCGAAUGUGGACCUAAACAAGGAUUACUUCAAACUGUAUAUCGAUAUUUAAAUGAAGAAAAUUAA